GUGGCAGGUUGGCUAUGUCGGCCUUUCUCAACGUGUUGGCCUUCCCGUGCCUCGCGUAAUUUUUAUUAGCGAUAUUGUUGAGCUGUUUUUGCAAUAUCAUGGGGGCAUAUAAGUAUAUGAACGAGGUAUGGCGCAAAAAGCAAUCAGAUGUCAUGCGUUAUCUUCUUCGCAUUAGAUCUUGGCAUUUCAGACAGCUUUCAGCCGUUCACAGAGCACCAAGACCCACUCGCCCAGAAAAAGCACAUAAACUUGGCUACAAGGCAAAGCAGGGAUUUGUUAUCUACCGUGUACGUGUUCGCCGAGGGGGUAGAAAGAGGCCUGUACCAAAAGGAGCAACUUAUGGAAAGCCUGUUCAUCAUGGUGUGAAUCAGCUCAAGUUUGCUCGGUCUCUCCAGAGUGUAGCAGAAGGUCGUGCUGGGCGUCAUUGUGGAGCACUUCGUGUAUUGAACAGCUACUGGGUGGCUGAGGAUUCAACUUACAAAUAUUUUGAAGUCAUUAUGAUUGAUCCAAUGCACAAAGUAAUUCGACGAGAUCCCAGCAUGAACUGGAUAUGUAAAUCCGUCAUGAAACAUCGGGAACUACGUGGAUUGACAUCUGCAAGCCGCAUGAGUCGUGGCCUUGGCAAGGGCCAUAGGUUCAACAAAACUAAAGGUGGAUCUAUUCGAGCAUCAUGGAUAAGAAGGAAUACUGUUCAAAUGAGAAGGAAACGUUAGAGCCUCCAGAUCUCAAUGUAUAUUUUACCAACUUGUGUCAAAAUACAGAGAUACCAUACAUGA